CCAGCAGAUUCAUCGGAUCCUUACAACUGGAAGCCUUUACGCAAGUUCGUCAUCGGGACGAUAUUCUCCUUCGGCCAGUUGAUCCCCAUCAUGUCUGCAAGUAUGAUUGCGCCAUCACUUCCUGCAAUCGCUUCAGAUCUUGCUAUCAGCGCUUCCACAGCCCAGAUAACCAUGUCGGUAUACUUCCUUGGUAUGGCCUUUGCGCCGUUCCUGAUAGCCAGUGCCAGUGAGGUAUGGGGGAGGAAGCCAGUCUGGAUAGUUUGUAAUGCCUGGUACGUGGUUUGGAACGCGCUGUGUCCAGUGGGCAGAAACACCGGGUUGAUGAUCGUCGGGAGGUUUAUGGCCGGAGCUGGGGCAAGUGUUGGCGUGACGUUGAAUGGUCCAGUGAUGGCCGACAUGUAUGGCGAAGACGAACGCGGCAAAUCUCUGGCUAUGGUCAACUUGCUCCCCUUCCUUGGCCCAGCACUUGGACCCAUCGUCGGUGGUCUAGUUACCCACUCUAUACAUUGGUCGUGGGUUUUCUGGAUCAUGAGCAUCUUCAACGCCUUCAUCCUGGUUGUCGGUUUCUUCUGGAUUCGCGAAUCGUAUACGCCAGUCUUGCUACGUCGUAAAGCGUUAGCUGAUGGUGGUAACGUCCCUACUGCUAAAGCAGAACGCGCUCGUAUUGCGCGGAACCUCUUGCGUCCGGUCCGCAUACUUGUGCGAAGACCUAUCAUCUGGCUCAAUGCACUGACCGCAACGUUGUCCUUCGCUGUCUACACCCUUGUGCUCUCGACAUAUGCGUCGCUGUGGAUCGAGAAGUACGGACAAUCUGAGCUGACCAGUAGCUUGCACUACAUAUCGAUUGCGAUCGGCGCGACACUUUGCGGCCAGCUGGGCGGUCGUAUUAUGGACUGGUGGUAUCGACACCUGACCAAACGGACUGGUGGUAAAGGUGUUCCCGAGUUCCGCAUCCCGUACAUGGUUCCUGGGAUGGUCAUCAUGCCAGCCGGUCUUUUCUGGUAUGGUUGGUCCGCCGAACGCACACUCCACUGGAUGAUGGUCGACGUCGGCGUCAUCAUAUUCACGCUAGGCAGUUUCAUUGUGAACCAAGCAACAAUCGCGCAUAUGAUCGAGGAAUUUGGCCAGUUCGCAGCUUCUGCAGGUGCUGGUGUUCGCUCAGUUUCAUAUGGUCUUGCGUUUGUGUUCCCGAUCUUCGCGCCUAAUCUAUACAAAACGCUGGGAUAUGGGUGGGGUAACAGUACGUUGGGGUUCGUCGCGAUUGGUUUGGGACUACCAGUGUGCGCUGUCUUGUGGUAUUGGGGCGCCAGAAUCAGAGCUAUCGGCAGGCCGACGUGA